GGUAGAGUCCGAAUCCGACCCAUCCUCAUCUACCAUGUGCAGUGUAGGCGCAUUUUAGAAACCACUCCGUCACAAAAAUCGGAAGCCGCCGCCGUACACAUCACAAAUUCAUCCAAUAACACUUUCAGAUGGCGACGGAGAAGACCGAUGUAUCCUCCAUGGAACUCGACGAUCAGAUCACCACCGAUCCAAAGUUCUCAAUCAACGUAUUGCAGCUUUUAAAAUCUGCACAGAUGCAGCACGGAUUGCGUUUUGGGGACUACACUCGCUAUCGGAGGUAUUGUACUGCUCGGUUGAGGAGGUUGUAUAAAUCGUUGAAGUUUACCCAUGGGCGUGGGAAGUAUGCUAAGAAGUCUGUAACUGCAUCUACUGUUACUGAAGUUAGGUUUCUCCAUUUGGUUCUCUACACAGCAGAAAGAGCAUGGAGCCAUGCCAUGGAGAAGAGACAGCUGCCAGAUGGUCCAAAUGCACGUCAACGAAGCUACCUGAUUGGUCGGUUGCGUAAAGCAGUGAAAUGGGCUACACUUUUUGCAGAAUUAUGCGCUAUCAAGGGAGAUUCUAGAACUUCGUUAGAAGCCGAGGCGUAUGCCUCAUUUAUGAAAGGUAAUUUAUUAUUUGAACAAGACCAGAAUUGGGACGUUGCAUUGAAGAGUUUCAAGAGUGCUAGGGUUGUUUACGAGGAACUUGGAAAAUACGGAGAUCUGGAUAAUCAAGUUUUGUGCCGUGAGCGUGUUGAGGAACUAGAACCAAGUAUACGCUACUGUUUGCACAAAAUUGGUGAAUCAAAUUUACAGGCUUCUGAACUUGUACACAUCGGGGAAAUUGAAGGACCUGCACUGGACCUUUUUAAAGCUAAAUUAGAAGCUGUAAUGACUGAAGCUAGAACUCAGCAGGCUGCAUCCAUGACCGAAUUUCAUUGGCUUGGUCAUAGGUUUCCCAUAUCAAAUGCAAAGACGAGGGUUUCUAUAUUGAAAGCUCAGGAGUUGGAAAAAGAGCUUAAUGAUCGAAUGGAAGGUGCUCUUCCUGCUGAGAAAAGACUUGCUGUUUUUGACAAAAUUUUCGCUGCAUAUAAUGAAGCCCGGGGAUCCAUUCGCAGCGACUUGGCUACUGCAGGUAGCUCUGAAAACAUAAAGGAUGAUUUGAGUGGGCUUGACAAAGCAAUAGGUGCUGUACUAUUGCAGCGCACCAUUGAACGCAACCAACUGUUGGUUAGCAUAGCUAAGAGUAAACUUAGCAAGGCCCAGAAUGAGAAAGUCACCAAACCUGAAGAGCUUGUCAGGUUAUUCGAUCUUCUUUUACAGAAUACAUCAGAUCUUUCUGACUUGUUGAGUUCUGGAAGAGACAGAAAAGAGGAAGAAGUUGCACUAAUUGAAGAAUGUGAAAUCAAAGAGCUCAUUUUUCGAGCUGAAAGGUGUUUUUUCUUGGCCAAGUCUUAUAGCUCAGCUGGGAAGAGGACAGAAGCAUAUUCUUUGUUUUCUUUUGCUCGCUCUCUGGCUGAAAAUGCAUUGAAGAAACUUAGGAGUGCGACUAGUCGUGAUCAGGUGACGAUCAAAGAGUUGGAGACAUUGCAUAACAAUUGCAGAUCCAACAGUUGUAUUGAACAUGCAAUGGGGAUUAUGGAACACGAGAAGGCUCCCGAAGAUCUUUCAAAAAAGAUUUCUACUGUAUCAAUAUCUGGGACCGAUAGAAAGGCGGAAAAGUUCCUCAUUGAGAAAUUGGAUUCUUAUGAGUCUGCUGUUGGUGAUUCAAGCACAAAAGUAGCACCGCGUAUUGCUGCAUACCAACCAUCCUUCCAACCAAUUGCUCGCAGUCCCAUAGUUCUUGAUCUCGCAUAUAACUCAAUUGAUUUCCCAUCAAUUGAUAACAGGAUGAAGCAAGACAAAAAGGGUUUCAUUAGUAGGCUUUGGAGAUAAGCUAUACAAUCAGAUUUCAGGAUGAUUUUCAUUGAAGUUUUUUAGAUUUUGAACAAUUUUGUUACUGUAAUAUCGGGUUUCUGGUCGCUUACUGUGUGUUGCUUUUUGAACCAGUUUCUGAUGAGGAUGUUUCACUUUGAUCAUUGGAUUUAAAUGAGGGAUAAACUUUUUGCUCA